AUGUCACGGGAUUUGCAAAUCCAUCGCCUAGACACUGCUAGAGCCUGCGAAGAGCGACGGAUUAAAGGAUGCGAUAUGAUAGAUCUCGAGGUUCAGAGGCGCGCUUGGUGGAAUAUGGUUGCGUCUGACUGGCUUCUCUCAUUUUCCGGUGGUCCCCAAGAGGGUGCAUACACGUUCCAGUCUAAGCAUAUGAAAGUGAACUUACCCAGCAAUACGGAUGAUGAAUUGAUCACAGCAUCGGGAGUUCAGCAAGAAUUCCCUUUGUCUGUUCCCACAGCCAUGUCGGCAUUUUUUGCCCGGGUCCAGGCAUCUGAACUUUGCCGUGAUGUUAUUGAUGCCUUGCCGUCCAUUAUGUUGGACUCCCAAGAGUGUGAUUAUGAGACCAUUUUAGAGCUAGAUGCCAAGUUCCAGAAGCAUAUGGACGAUCUCCCUUUCUUCUUCAGGCUUGACCAGGCCAGCAUUGAGCAAAGUCGACAAAUAUGCAAGGAACGACCAUACAUUGCCUGGCAACGGGUCACUCUUCAUUUCAGCCUCCACACACGCCUCUGCCGACUCCACAGGCCCUAUCAUCUUGAAGGUAUCACAAACCCGAAAUACGCCUACUCCCACAAAAGUUGCAUUCGAUCUGCGCAGAAAGUCCUGGAAUUGCGGCGUUCGAUGGACGAAAUUGCAGUCGGGGUUGGACUCAGCCCAUCGCGUUUCUGGACCGUCAUGCAUCAUCUGUUCUUCGCGGCGCUAAUUCUCGCCAUGGAUGUAUCAUUCAACCCGCACGCACCCGACGCCGAGGCUCGCAAAGCAAAAGUACUGGCAGCGUACCAGACAUUGGAGAACUCGAAGCACGAUUCAAAUUAUCUCAUGGAAGGAAUUCAGAAGAAUUUACAGACUCUCAUGUCAACCCUUCAUAAAAAUCGGCCACAGACUUCUGGUACAGGGACCGGUGUUGUGCAAAGUGGUGUUUUCGCCGAGACAGGCCAAGCGCCCGACCGACUUGGCGAAUCGUCGACAACUCACGAGGGUGGUGGAGACGGGAUUGGUGCACAGCUGGCCGUGAAUGAAGAAUUAGACCUCGGCAUUGUUAAUGACUUGGACCAGGAAGGUUGGGAGCAGCUCUGGUCGGAAUUUGUGGCCGUUGCGCCAGAACUGGACGUUCCACAGUGGAGCUCAUUACUGGAGGACGUUGAUUUCAAUCCACAGCUGGACGCAUACUAUUAG